GAAAAGUGAGUUGUAAGCAUGUAACUAUUUUAUAAGGAAUUUUGCCAUAUUGAUGUCGUUGAAUAGUGCAUUUCACGAUCUCGGUUGCUAGAUGUAUGAGAAGGCGUUGCUCAGGAGAACACAAUCUUGUGAAUAAUGACUAAGAUGUCAUUAUUUGGACCAACAAUAUUAACACACCUAACGCAUACCCAUCAUUAUUAUACUCGACUUGUAUAGAAUGAACUGGAUUAGUCGGUGAAAUAUAUAUUUGUCACUUCCAUUCACUUGUAGAGUAAGUUUUAAUAAUUUGAAGGGAUGAUUCUCCACCACCAAUCACUGCUAAUUGUUCUUUAUGAUGAUGAUGGUCAGUGGGUCCUAAAUUGGUUCAUCAAAGAUUGCAAGCGUACAAAUGCUAAUUUUGGCUUUGCAAUUGCAAUCGUCACCAUGAUAGAUUGUGCUUUAUUCAUGAUAUACAAAUUACUUAUAAAACUCAAUUAUAUAUCCGACGUUUGUGUUUGAGGGACAUUUUCUUGUCAAUAGCGUAACAAAGCGUUUAAGUGAAAAGUUUAACCAAAUACCAGUUGUUCAACAACCACAAAUGAGAUGUAUAUCCUCCUCUGUUGGAGUAUAGUGGAAUCCAUCGAAUAGUAGAAGGAUCAUUUUGUAACACUUAUUUCUUUGACUGUUGUUAUGUUAGUAGAGUUAGGCUAACUCUAAUCACACUUUUACUAUAAUAUGUUUUGAUUGAUUGAUCAAUUAUCUAUGAAUCGAAUAUACAUUGGUUACUAACCAUUAUUUUGAUAAUCCAACAUCCUCCAAAUACCUACCAAAAUCAUCAACCGUUUCAUUCAAAUCGGUUACAGUUCAUGUACAUGUUUCUUCUCGUGUGAUUUACUCACUUUCCUUGUAUAAAAGAAAUGAGAAAAGGGAAGGACGACCUCUUUUAGUCUUUUUACCAUCACAAAGGCCGUCCAUGUAGUUUUACUUCCUCCCUCCUUGCAUCAACAUUGAUUACCUAUUUAGCCCCCAAAGUAAUUUUUCAAGACAUUUAUGUCCCGCAAAGUUCCGUCAUCACUCACCAUUAUGUGGAUUGCAUUAUCCGUAAAUGCCUCGGUAUUUAUUUUAACCCUUCAGUUACACCACCACUAGGUUUAAUGAUCUUCUUCCUAAAAAUCAAAUGUCAAUUUCAUUUGGCCAUUAUUGACAUUUCCAGAAAUUUUCACAUUCAUGGAUUUCUUUCACGAAUAACAAAGUUUUUACACUGAAUUUAUAGAGAUCCUAAUUCACCCUCAAUUCAUCCAAUUUCUUUUCCCAUCUGAAGGACUGAAAAGCGAGAAAAUUAAAACUACAGGUACUAAAUUGUACUUUAAAAUCCCUUCUCAUAAUUUUCCUCUCUUUGCUCUCCCCCGACCAGUUACCGUCAUCUCUCCGUCACGUUCCUUCUAUAUAACCCAAUCCCUUUCCUCCAUCCUCCCUCAGCCAUUCGUCUUUCUUCCACCUGAUUUCUCUCCCUUUCUCUAAAUUCUCUGCUUCAAGGAAUCCGGAAAGACGAAAAAAGUUCCCCCUCUUUCGUUCAAUCUUCUCCCAGUCUUACCUCGAUUGCAAAGUAAUUACUUCAAUUCCUUCCUAACCAUUAACAGAGGAAGAAGGGUACAAUUCGGAGCAAUAAAAAUGGGGUUUCCCGUCGGAUACACGGAGCUCCUCCUCCCCAAGUUUCUAAUCCACGCGCUCUCCCUCCUCUCCAUCCUCCGUCGUCUAAUCAACGCGCUCUUCCGAUUCAUCGGUCUCCCCGAUUUCCUCGAGCCCAACGUCUCCUGGUCGCCGCCGCCUUCUUCCGACUUCGACUCCUUCUCCAACUCGUUCCCGUCGUCGCCAUCGGCCGGCGGCGGCGGCUUCCCGGAGUUCCAGCGCUCGGUGUCGGCGGUGCUGAUCCGCGAGAUCCUGCCGGUGGUGAGAUUCGGCGACCUGGUGGACCCGCCGGAGAGCUGCGCGGUGUGCCUGUACGAUUUCGAGGCGGAGGACGAGAUUCGGGGGCUGGCGAAUUGCCGCCACGUGUUCCACAAGGGGUGCCUCGACCGUUGGAUGGGGUACGACCGGAAGACGUGUCCGAUGUGCCGGACGCCGGUGAUUCCCGAGGAUAUGCAGGAGAGCUUCAACGAGAAGUUCUGGGCGGCGUCCGGGAUCCCCGAUUUCUACGGCGAGUUCUCGCAAAUCACUGGGUAGAAGGCGGCCGCCGGCGAGCCAGAGUAGUAGUCAAAAAGGGGAAAUUGUGGGAUAUGAUUUUUUUUCUUUCCCUUUCUUACAUUUUCUUUUUUUUUCCUUUUUAACAAUCGACGGCAGGAAGGAGUUAAGUGGAGAUGAUGAUAAAAUUGGUGGGUGAGAUUUUUGUACAUAUUUACAUAAAGGACUAUGGAAGAAGGAAAAAAAAAAGAACAAAAUGAAAUGAGACGAAUUUGAGGACUCAAAUGAGUUUUGUGGUUUUGUAUGAGUAGUGAGUUGUAAUUCACCAUUUGUUCAUUAUUAGAAUAACAACUUGUUUUACUGGUCAGAUGGGCUCCAAAAUUACAAUCUUGAUUUGUCGCAGACUCGCAGUGGUGUUUCUAUCAAUGGGGCCACUCUCACUUUUUUUUCUUUCUUUUUGGUGAAAAUGGGGUUAAUCUCUGGAAAAAUGAGAGAAAUAUUGGGAUGGUAAGAAAUAGAAUUAUGAAUAGGGAUUCAACACGGAAGAGAUAAUUUGGUAAAUGUAUGAAAUAAUGAUGCUCAUAUAUUGAUAUCAAAUUAGAAGAUUUAGUCUCUAUGAUAGAAUGAUCAAAUUGCUCAACAUAAUUAAUAAGGUAUACAAUCUGUUAUCAUUUUAGUCGAAACUCUCAAUCUUUACAGAUCGUGAAGGCACCAUAUCAUUCCAAUGGAAGGCACAAUCUCUAGCAAUCAAUAUAUGGAUCAAUCAACAACUCUCAUAGCCUUACAAGUAACGCAACAUCAUUACAAAACACACUUUCCAACCACCCUCGACCACUUUGUUGUGAUAUUUCCAUAUGUAUCUCGCUAUCCUUUUACGUAUUUUUCAUCUUAUCCAAUCCAAUUCUUGUGAAUGAUUUUCCUUUUCAUGGAUAUCCAUAAAUACCAAUUUAUCAAACAAUACAAAACAACGAUAUCCAAAUUCUUAAGAAAGUCAUGUGUCCUUACAAGCAAAAGUAUCAUGUCAAUACACACCCAACAACCAGCACAACUUCAUCUCUAGGUAGGGGUGUUCAAACGGUUUGGUUACCGUGGUGACAGUUUUAACUGGUACCAUUUGGAUAAUUUGGUUUGGUUAAUUUGGAUAAUUGGUUUGGUUUGAUUAAAGUUUUUUUUAGGUUGUUUGGUUUAUGUGGUUUGGUUUGGUUUGGUUUCAGACACUCCUAACCAGUCAAACCAAAUUAACCAGUUAAGUAAUUAGUCAUAUAUCUAACAUAUAUUAUAUACACAUAAUACUUUGCAUAACCACUCAAGAGUUAACGUUCAUCCCUUUUAGACUCAUAAAAUAUAAAGCUCAAUAUUGCUCAUAUAGUGUAUAUUUGUAUAUGUAAAGUCUAGACCACAACAUAUGGACGUCUAAUUUAGAUAAAUUUCAUACAUUAUGAUGAAUGAAAACUUGAAAGGAAGGUCAUUUCCAACCUAUGAUAAUUGCUAAGAGACUAAGUCAAUUUACACAAACACAAUAAUUCAUUAACCCAUACCAUUGUCAUAAUUUUUUGUUAGGCGAAUACUUCUAUACUAAUCGUAAGAUAAUUGUCUUAGUUGCAUGUAUUUUUAUUAAGGGUCAACUAUAACUACGUGUUGAUUGUUAUGUUUUAUUCAUUAUAUAAAUUGUGAAUUGUUGUAUUAACCGGAAAAUUUCCAUCGUCAAUGAUAAUGUGAUUUUAUAUUGGUUAAUCUGGUAAACCAAUUAACCAAACCAAUUAAAUUUUAGUUUGGUUAAUUUGGUUGUUGUAUUAGUUUGGACGGUUUGGUUAUGAUAUUGUAUUCCAUGGUUAAUGGAAUUUAACCUUAUUUGAUUUGGUUAUAACCAUGGUAAUCAUUUGAACACCCCUAUCUCUAGAGUGGCUCUAAGCCUCUAACCUACAAUAUCAACAAGUCUUGAGUGUGACACACCUUUCUUCUAAGGAGAAGCGAUGACACAUACAACUUUUCCGAUAUUGUUGAUAACUUCGAGGUUCCAACUUAUGGAGUUGACAUUUACAUGCCUAAAUUUCAACAUAAUUCUACACUCUAUCACGAUCAAUAGAAUAAACUACUUAUUUUUUUUCCCUUGAAUAAGUUCUAAUCCUAAAAUUGUUAGUGUUAACCGACGGAAAAAAUAAUUUUAUUGGUGUUGUAGUAAUCUAAUCAAGGGUCACAUAGUAAGAUUCCCACGAUCGGUUUUGAGGGGCUAAUUAGCGAAGUUAAAAAUUAUUAUUUAAACAAUGAUUAACCAUUGUCAUCAUUAGUGUUGUAUUGUCAAUCACGAUUCACGUACGUCCAAAAUGCAGCGACCAAAUUCUCAUAAUAUUAUAUGCUAAUUGCGUGUUGUAAAUAAAUAUUACAUAUGACCGAAGAGGACCUUACAUCACUAUCAAUAUUGCGUUCCUUGAAAGUUAAUUAAUCAAUUUAGUAGUUGAAAUUAUUUAUUAUCAAAGAGAACUAGAUUCACCGAACUUCAAUCGUGUUCCUUAAUUCUUCCUUAUGUUUUGUUUUUAUCUAUUUAUCAGAUUUCGGUCAAAAAGUUGACACCUCUCAUUUAGCUUGUCAAUGAAAAUAAUUGAUAUUA